CCUUGAGCGGCUCUCUUUCUAGUGCAGCUGUCGAAGACAGAAACCCGGCCAGGAAUUAUAGAGACCGUUUCUGAAAAAGGGAAGAAAUCGGGAAAAGCCUUGUUUUUCUAACUCGCCUUGCUAGCGGCGCUGGCUGAGGUGACAGGAGUUCCCAAGAGAGGAGGCGCGCCUCUCCCGGACAUACAAGGGUCACUCUAAAUCCUGUCCUCACCUCCGUUUCAAGGUGCCCCCCCCCCAAAUGUGCUAUUUGAAUUUUUAAAUCUCUCGGGCCACUCCUGGAGGCUCUGAGGCGAGUUGGUGGGGAAAGGAGUGUCAGUGCAAUCCAGGAGAGGUUAGGCGGCACACGGUGCAUGUGGGAAAAAGGGGGCGGGCGAGACCUUCUUUUCUUCUCUUUGCCUCCCAGAGAGGCGCAGUUCCCCGUGUCUGGUUCCUGAGCGCGGAGUGGUGUUGAGCACGCUCCCGUCAAGACUCCUCUUCCCCCCCCACCCCGUUUCUCUCUACUCCUGCUCCUUUCCCUUCCCACCCGGCCUCGGUGAGCUCUCCCACUCCCCUCCAUUCCCCGGGGCGGUGUGAAGAGGGCGUUCGCGUCUGGGCCGGCAAAAUGGCGGCUGCGGCGGGGUCCGACGCGCCACUGCCCGGGGCUUUGAGGGAGUCCGCCGGGGGAUCUCGAGGGACGCCUCGCCCUCUGGCCCCCGAGGAGAUUGCUCGCAGGCUCCAAAGCACCAGGCGGGAACUGAGCAACAGGCGCAAGAUCCUGCUGAAGAACCUGCCCGCCGAGAGCAGCAGCCAGGAAAUACAUGAUUUGUUAAAAGACUUUGAACUGAAGUAUUGUUAUGUGGACAAAAAUAAAAGAACAGCUUUUGUUACUCUACUGAAUGGUCAACAAGCCCAGAAUGCUAUACACCAAUUUCACCAGCAUUCCCUUCGAGGGAAAGAGAUAUCAGUACAACUUCAGCCAACUGAUGCCCUCCUCUGCAUUACCAAUUUGCCCACCUCCUAUACAUUGCAAGAGUUUGAAGAGCUGGUCCGACCGUAUGGCAACGUUGAGAGAUACUUCCUUAUUUAUAGUGAAGUCACAGGCUAUUCAAAGGGCUAUGGCUUUGUGGAAUACAUGAAAAAGGAUUCUGCGGCUAAGGCUAGGUUGGAGCUUCUAGGAAAACAGAUAGGUGCAAAUAUACUAUUUGCCCAGUGGAUGGAUGUUAACCAAUUAACUUCAAAACUCAUACAUUCAAAGUGCCUUUGUGUGGAAAACCUCCCUGUAGACUAUACCGAUGCAGAGGAGCUGGUGCAAACAUUAUCACCUAAGCACAAACCUGUGUUCUGUCAGCUUGCUCAAGAGGAAGAUAGCUCUGUUGGUGGCUUUGCAGUAAUUGAGUAUGAAACGGCAGAGCAGGCGGAAGAAGUACAGCAAGGCACAGAUGGUUUGACUAUCAAAGAGAAGAGUGUUCAUGUGUCUUACUGUGCUCCUGGAGCUGCAGGACGCAGCACACUUGCUACACUUAUAGCAGCACAACGCAUGAUGAGGAACAACAGAAAAGGGUUGCUUCCAGAGCCAAAUGCGCUGCAGAUUAUGAAAAGCUUGAGCACACCAGCAAUGUUACAAAUGUUGUUACAACCCCAACUACAUGGAUGUCUUAAUAAACUUGCAGUUUUCGGAGCGCCCAUGAGCGUACCCCACCUUGUAAGUCCAUCAAUCAGCCCAGCCUUUAUGCACUUGAAUAAAGUUCAUCAGGGACCAGUUCUUGGAAAUCCAUCAAGUUUGGUGCUACAGAAUCUCUCCCAUCUACAGGUGCCGCAAGUAGCAAAGACUGAAAAUAUUCAAACAAACACUAAACCAAGUCUGCUUGGAGAACCUCCAGCAACAUUACUUCAGGCAGUGCUAGGAAUGGGCACUGUACCACAUGUGACCACAGAUGUGGGGAGCCCUGGAGAAGCACGCAGCUUAUCAAAUCGGACUCCUGUUCAAACACCGGUUGCAACAGGGAUUGGCAUCCUGCCAUUCUUUCCAAAUCAGCAUGUAGCUGGCCAAGCAAUGCCUCGGCAAAAUAACACACAAGACAAGCUACCAUCUGCGGUGGGACUGACAGACGGCACUGGCGCAGGGUCACAGCCUUAUCUGCAGAACUUAACAAAUGUCCCUGCUGGAGGCCUGCGGGCAGGACAUCUCACACAAGAGAGCCAGACAAAGAGCACUGACACAAGUUCAGGGAGCUCUUCAAAAAAGCAGACCUCACUCUUGGGAGAUCCUCCUAAAGAAAUCCAUCUUAGUACAAAUCCCUACUUGAACUUGGCAAGUGUAUUGCCUUCUGUAUGCCUUUCUGCAGUUGCCAGUAGAGCUGGUAAGCAGCAGUCAGGAAUUUUGUAUAACUCAUGUGACACGGCAUCUGCUCAGGGAGCUUCUCCGCAACAAACAGUGGAAAACUAUUUUACCUAUUCACCAUCAUAUGGGGAUUAUACACAGGAUUCUCUCCAGCAGUGGUACCAACAGUAUGCUCAGGCAUACCAUACCAUUCAAAACAGAGUAGGAGAAUUAGAAAACGAUAGCUCAGAGGAAUCCGAGGGAGGUGUUUAUGGCGACUACAAUACCUAUUUACAAGUUAUGCCUUCAUAUUACACUGCUGCCCAAGGAUCUUUCCAUCCUGGCAUCUUGCCACUUACACCUCAAAACUCUCUGAAGGUGGCACCAAUCAGAAAUGAAAAGCGGGGUUCUUCAUACCUCAUCACCACACCGGAAGACAGCCCACUGGAAUAUGUUGGCCAACACACUCAGGCUUCAGGAAUGCAUUAUGCAGAAUUGUAUCUUAAAAGAAAACGUGUUUACUAAGAUCAAUAUCUUGCUUGAUAUCAACAUCGCUGCACACCAUUCUUGUUACCUGUAUCUUUGAAGUUUAAUGGAUAUCGUAGAAGUAUUUUAAAAAUUCUAUAUAGGAAAGCAGUUUCUCUAAGUAAACUUGGGUCACAAAGGUGUGUCCAGGAAGCUAUUAAUGUAAUGUAAUGUAAUGUAAUGUAAUGAGUAUGACACUCCAGACUUGUGUCCAUGUGAUGGAGAAUAAGAUUUUUUUAAAGAACUGGCAGCUUGCUGGCUUCAGAAUUUCUUUUAAAGCAAUAAAAUAAUGGGGAAAGAAGAUUUUGUUGUUAUUUUGUUGGAAAGGUUGCAGUGAUAGUUAACAGUUCUUCAUAAAAACCUCUUAAGAGGAUUUAGAUUCUUGGCUGCAGAGUAUUCAGGUUUAAGCCUUUCUUUUAAUGUCUGACAAUAAAAUACCCCACUAUUGAUCUUACUGGGGCUUGCAUGAUGGAUUACUGCCCAAAUAGUUUGUUAGGUUGAGUACAUUACAAUUCAGUCUAGCUGAAUUUAGCCAAAGCUUCUUGGAUUAAAAAUGAAGUAGAAAUUUUAGCUUUUAGUAAGUCACUGCUGUUGAAGUGGGAAGAUGUUAGGAAAACACCAGUAAAUGUCUCUUUUUAAAAUAAUUAAUCACUGAGGUACAGUGCUAGUAAUACAUACAUGCAAGGAAGCAUUUCUAUGGAAAUGAAAGACUGAUACUUAAACUGGUAUUUAUAAGGCUGGGCCACUAGGUCUCUUUUUUCUAGGUCUCUUUUUUCUAAAUCACGAAGAAAUAUUUAUACACAUUUUCAAAAAAGGUAUGGAUUUCCAUUUACUAUCCAGCCUAAUGAAAUGCCAAGAAUUGAAUUUACUUCUCCAGGUUAUGUUUGCUCACAUCCCACUUCUGUUCUUGUCAUUUGUCACUGCCAUCUUGGGACUUUUUAGUGUGUUUUAUUGCACUUCAUAGUCAUGUCAAUUCUUAUAUUUGUUCAUCAGAAUUGAAGUGACAUUUUGUAUAUUUGUGAUGCAGUACUCUUGCUAUAUGCUGACUUUUAACUUAUUUCUGACUAGAACUGGUUAUUUGCAGCAGGCUGCUUUUCUGCAAUCCUGCAUCAGUUUAAUUAAAUAGAUAGUACAUUAGGCUUUUUUUCCCCAUUGCCUUCAACCACAGCAGGCCCAGCUUAAUGUUCCUGAAUUUAUAAUUUAAAGGUAUAAGCUCCUGUAACACUGAUGACAGAAUGCUUAGUAAGUAUGUCAAGAAAAAGACAGUGAUAGAGAAACACACAUGUACGGCUAAUUGUACUGUGUCAUUAUUUCAAUAGGGCUUCACUGGCAUCAGUUUUCUGUAUUAGCAGGCUGCUCUUGUAGAACUGAACCUACCUGAUUCACAAGUACUGGCUGCCUUUGAGAUUGAAAAUCACAUUCUUUGUGUUUGCAUAGUAAUUAAGUCUUAUUCAUUCUGAAUUCUGUGUGCACAAUCAGUCUCUUGGUAAAUAAACUGGCAAGCUUCUCUGUUACUAUACUUAUCUUGUGCUCCUGAACUUGCUUUGCUACUGUAGAAAGGGAACAAGUUAUGUUGCUGAGAAGAAAUGAGGGUAAGCCGUGAAUCGUAGUGACAGCCUAUUCAAAUGUAUCUGAAUUGUUAACUUGAGUAUCUCCUGACAUUAAAAAAAUUAGUCUUAUACUUUAACAUUCCUACUUGUGCUGCAAGUUGUAGAUAUCUCCAGUUGAGACAAAAACCAAAAUGCAUAGUGAUUUUAACUGCAGCAGUUAUGGAGAUAUUUAACAGGGAUGUGGUAUUGCUUUAAGUGUGAGUGCAGAAAUAUCAGAAUGACAUGGAAUAGUAACUGUAAGGAGCUAGAUGACAGACUUGGUAGAAAUACAUGAGUCUCUAACCCUUUCUGGACAACAAGAAGAUGCUGUAAUUUAUAUUGAUCUUGUAGGAUGCAAUCAGUUGUCAUAAUCCUCCUGUGUUUUCUUACAUACACAAAAAUUGGGAAGUUACGUCAGCUAAUUGUUGCUAAUUAAUGAAGUGCCCAGUGACAUCUAGGUGUACUACUAGUACCUUGUUAAUUAGCUGCCAUAAUGUCUGUGGUUGGAUUACUUGUGUGUUAAAAAAACCCAGCAUUCUUAGCUCAGCAGUCUCAGAGCUAUUAAUUACCCUUGUCCUAGCACUCUGAAGCUUGGGUUAAAUUGCACCUACAGCCAGACUGCAGGUGGACAUGAUAAAAGACAAAAGAUGGACAUGAUAAAGGACAAAAAUGGGAGGGACCUAACAGAAG